GCGGCGCAAUGGCGGCGGCGGACGAGGAGGAUGGUGCCUGGCCGGAGGUGACGGAUUCCGGCCGGCGGGAGCUGAGCCUGGUGGCGGGGCCGGAGCUGGAGGGGCGCGUGCGGGCCGCCGGGGGCCGGCUGCCGUCCGCCCUGGGCUCGCUGGGGGCGUCGCUCCGGUCGCUGGAGGUGCGCGGCGGCUGCGCCUACCUGCGGGAGCCGGGCCCGGCCUUGGCGCGGCUGACGGCGCUGCACACGCUGGCGCUGCCCAGCUGCGCGCUUGGCCCGGCGGGGCUGGCCGGGGCGGCUGCUCUCCUCCCGCCCACGCUGCGCAUCCUCGACCUCUCGGACAACGCUCUAGAGGAGCUGCCUCCCGAGCUGGGCGGCGCGGAUGCCGGCGCCGGGGCGGGCGAGGCCGGGGGGAGCUCCGGCGCCCUCCUCCUCCCGCCAGGCCUGCCCGAGCUGCGGCUGCUUAACCUGCGUCGCAACCGCCUGCGCCAGCUGGGUCCCGGCCUGGCCCGCAACGCCCCGGCCCUGCAGGAGCUGCUCCUGGGCGGCAACUGCCUGCGCUCCCUCCCCGGCGGCCUCUUGCCCGCGCCUGGCCGCACCCCGCCUUUGCCCCUGCUCGCCACCCUCGAAGCCGCCGGCAACGAGCUAGAGGAACUCGGCGCCCAGAUCGCCCGCCUGGCCGGCCUCAAGACCUUGGACGUCUCUAAUAACAAACUGUCUGAAAUCCCCGUGGAGUUAGCAGACUGUCCAAAGCUGAAGGACGUCAACCUGAAAGACAACGCCCUGAAAGACAAGCGCCUUGAGAAGAUGGUGAAGAGCUGUCAAACGAAAUCCAUCUUGGAGUAUUUGCGAGUUGGGGGCCGAGGGGGCGGCAAAGGGAAGGGAAAACAGGACGGCACAGAGAAAGAGGAGGCUCGGCGGAAGAAGAGGGAAAAGCCAAAGAAAAAAGCCAACAGUGAUUCGGAAGACGACGAGGCAGAAGAGGCACAGAAGCUGAUAGUCAAAGUGCUUCACAUCACUGUGAAUCCAGCUCCACUGAGCGUGAAAGCCAGCCCGGCCGUCAAAGAAGUCCGCCCCUAUAUUGUGUGCUGCGUGGUGAAAGGGAUGGAUUUCCAGACAGGCAAUGCUUUGAAGAGGUUUCUUUCUGUUCAGACCAAACUCCAUGAAGACAUCUGUGACAAACGGACAGCAGCCACCAUCGCCACACACGAUUUGCGACUGAUCAAAGGUCCUCUCCUGUACGAUGCUCGACCUCCUGAUGAAUUGAAGAUCACUCCCUUGGGCCGAAAGGAGAUCAAGGCGAAAGACCUCCUCCGCCAGCUGCAGUCAGAAGCCGAUGAGCAGAGGAAGCAGAAGAAGAGGCAGAAUAUUUCUGGGCUGCACAAGUACCUUCAGUUACUAGAUGGGAAAGAGAAUUACCCCUGCCUAAUAGAUGCUGAGGGUGCUGUGAUUUCAUUCCCACCAAUCACAAACAGUGAGAAGACAAAGCUUGGGAAAACGACCUCAGGUAUUUUUCUGGAGGUGACAAGUGCCACCAGCCUGCAGAUCUGUAAAGACGUGAUGGACACUCUCCUUCUGAAAAUGGCAGAGCUCCACAAGUUCACUUCUGAGAACAAGGAUGAGGAAGUGAAUUCUGAUCAUGAAUCAAACAAGAUUCUCCUUUGCGAAAACUCGGGCGCCAAAACAGUUCCCAGGAAUUCCCCUCUGAUGCUGGAACAGGUUCGGGUCGUGGAUAUGGAAAGCAACUUAAAGGUCCUUUACCCUUCAAAAACUGAUCUCAGUACAGUCUCAUCUCUCCUCACUGUAAUUCAUUAAGCCAACCAAUGUUUUCCUCCCCACUGCUUAAUUUAAGGGCCUGGGUGUAUAUUUUACAAUAGCCUUGUUUUGCUACACUUUGAUUUUAUACCAGCAGCAAGACAGCCGCUGCUCUGCUUUGUGGAGGAUUCAUUGAAAUGCAAUGGAACAAGAUGUUGUGGUCUUGCGGAAGAUUCCAAGACUGCUGUGGGUAAUCAGAUGUAACUAACCUCCUAUCCAAACCCACCCGGAAGCGACACAGAUCACUUUUGGAUCAAAGUGCUGAACCCAUAUUUCUUCUUAUGUAAUAACUGUAUUGCCCAGGCAGACUCAAGCUUCGUGGGCUGCCGUCCCUCACUAUAACUGCCCUGUUUGGCAACUCACUUUUUUUGAAAAGGGGGGGGGGAUGCAUUGUUGACUCACUCCUGAUCUAGCCAGAGGCUCUUUCGCCUCUCGUUCUCCAGUGUAAAAAGGCUUUUGUAGAGUGUUCCUCUCCUGCAUGGCAGUUGCUGAGUCCUGCGUAUGAACACUGAGCUGUGUAAGGGGGAGACCCUAUGGCAUCCCUCUGUGUGCUAGUUUAGGUGAAUUCAGUUGUUGGAUAAUGCAGAGUGGGAGGAGAAUCCCCAGCAUGGGAGGCUCUGGGGGACCAAACGGGCCUUUGUGGCCGUUGGUGGAGUUCCCGGGUUUCCUGCAGGUACAGACUCACAUGUACUGACCUGGAAUCUUGAAAGCCUCAAGCUCAGUUUGUAUCAUGACAAGAUGGCUUCCACAUGCUCCCCCUCCCCCCCAGGUUCAUUGCAUGGCACUCUUUUGACCUGUGAAGUCAAUUCACAUGGGAUGCUGCCGGCACAGCAUACUGAGCUGCCUCGGUGGUUUCUCUUCUUCACAUGUGGCUGGGCACGCAGGAUGAAGCCAUAGGACUGCAGUGGCUGGAGAAUGAACUGAGCCUGUGCUUUGUAGAACGAGAACCUCUGAGCUUGUGUUGAAGGGCAGCCUUCUCCCCACAGCCAAUCACUCUUCACACUGAGGAUUCUUUCAAAAGCUGGUUGCGAUAACAGCAAAGAGGAGAUUGAAAUCUACUGUACGUGAACUUCUCUUUGAACAACUCUUAGGCAUGCCUAAAAAGUACCUUUUUUAACAUCCUGGUCUAAGUUUGUAGCACUCACUGGAUCACACGGAGGAACCUGUCAGCGAGCAAUCUCAAAAGAUUAGAAAUAAAAGCAGAAAUGAUGACCUGCGCGCGCUUUGAUUUGUUGUGUC